CUCACACACAGAGACAUUCUCACAUUUCUUGAUUUACAUAUCGAUCUUUCCCAAUGGAAUCCCUUCUACUUUUCCUCUCUCUGUUCAUUUUCAUCUUCAUCUACAUUCGUCAUUUCUACACCACCAAGACACAACCCUUCAAAACCUACCCUCUCGUAGGUUCACUCCCUGACUUCAUCCUCAAUCGCCACCGCUUCCUCGACUGGUCUACCAACAUCCUCCGCCACUCCUCCACCCAAACCGCCGUUUUCUACCGCCCCGGCACCGUCCACGGCGUCAUAACCGCCAAUCCCGACAACGUCCAGCACAUCCUCAAGACUAAUUUCCAUAACUACCCCAAGGGCAACCGCUUCCUUUUCCUCCUCCACGAUUUUCUUGGCCAUGGAAUCUUCAACUCCGACGGAUUCCUCUGGAAACUUCAACGCAAAACCGCAAGCUACGAAUUCAACACCAAAUCGCUUCGAAACUUCGCCAUCCAGAACGUCACCGUCGAGAUCCAAGAUUUGCAGGACGUUCUUGAACGGUUCGCCUUCGAUAACGUCUGCAAGCUCGCGUUCAACGUUGAUCCUGCAUGCCUCGGCGGCAGAUCCGCCGCCCGCUCCGGCGACGGCUUCAUGCAGGCCUUCGAGGACGCGGCGACGCUGAGCUCGGGGAGGUUCAUGAGCGCGUUUCACUGGUUAUGGAGAAUCAAAAGGUUCCUCAACGUUGGAAACGAAAAGAGGCUUAAAGAAUCGAUCUCCACCGUACACGCGUUCGCCGAUGAGAUCAUAAGGUCCAGGAUGGAAGCCAAGGGCCCCACUAACACUGACGUGGACUUACUAUCGCGGUUCAUGGCCGCAGAGGAUAACUCCCCAGAAUUUCUCCGCGAUAUCGUUAUAAGCGUGAUUCUGGCGGGGCGCGAUACGACGUCGUCCGCCCUGAGCUGGUUCUUUUGGAUUCUCUCUUCGAGGCCUGACGUCAAAGAAAAAAUUAUCAAAGAAAUCAAAAGCGUUCGCGAAAAGUGCGUUUACGCGGAAGCGGUGUUUGGGUACGAAGAGCUGAAGGAUAUGAACUACUUGAUGGCGGCGAUUUCGGAGGCAAUGAGAUUGUACCCGCCAGUGCCGGUUGACUUCAAGAACUGCUUAAACGACGACGUUUUUCCGGAUGGGACGGUGAUAAAGAGGAAUUGGUUUAUAAUGUAUCAUACUUACGCAAUGGGGAGGAUGGAGAGUAUCUGGGGUAAGGACUGUACGGAAUAUAAGCCCGAAAGGUGGUUUGAUUUUGAUGAGGAUGGUAAUGAAGUGUGGAGAAGUGAAAGCCCGUUCCGGUAUCCGGUAUUUCACGCUGGACCGAGAAUGUGUUUGGGCAAGGAUAUGGCUUAUAUUCAGAUGAAGUCCAUUGUGGCUUCUGUUUUGGAGAGGUUUGAGAUUGACGCUGUGGAUAAGGACACGUGUCCUGAGCACCUUAUUGCUUUGACUUUGAGGAUGAAAGGGGGGUUGCCUGUGAGAGUGAGAGUGAGGGCAUGAGUGAACAUGUGCAGUACUGUGUAAGAUGAUACAAAUGCAUGACUAAACUUGGUGUUGUUGAUGGAUGUGGUUUUUAGGUAUAUAGUAAACUAUACUAUAUACAUACACUGUAUUUUGCGCAAAUUGAAAUGUUGCAUUAAUACGUUAGUUGUUGGUUGUGAAUUAGUACUUGCUGUAAGAGGUUGUUAAUUCCUUUCUGGAAUACGUCCAAGUUGUUUUCAUUUAAUUAAUGGAUCAUAUAUAUAUAGUGUAGUUCUUGGUCUCGUCACAACACCUUAAUGGAACUGGCAGCCAUGUGCACAUGCAUGAUGAAAGUGUAAUUUAUGAGUUUCAUCUUGAAGGGGGGAAAU